AUGCAGGAUGAGAUUAGUUUAAUCAUGAUAUCCAUGAAACUGGAUUUGAUGCUUGGAAGAAAAUCUGUUGUAGUAUUACGAAGUAGAUUCACUACAGCUGAAAAUAUGUUUAGAUUAACAUGCUUAAAGCUCAACACAGUUGUGAGAUUACGACGACAUGAUCCGUUGAUCCUUGAUCCAUAUUGGAAACGAAACUUCAUGAUCUUUGGGAAAGCGUAA